CCAUUCACCAAGUGCGGAGAGCGUAAGACAACGCUGAUUAUCUGCCCAGCAUCAGUAGUCAACAACUGGCAGACCCAACUGGCCACCCACAUACAUCCCAGUAUAGUCAAACGUCUCAAGGUGUACACGUACCACGGGAACGAUCGCAUGCGUGAUGUGGAGAACCUCAAACGAUUCGAUAUCAUCAUCACUACCUACGCCACACUGGCAGCAGAUCUCAAACACCUUCCAGAUGCACAGGAUGGCCGUACAU